AUGGCGAGUACAUCUGGUCCCCAGAUCUUCGACGAUGCGAGCCGAUCACCUACCAAACCGUCGAUGUUCCGCGCCAUCAUGUCACCCAAAUCCCAUAAACGAAAUCAAUCCGCAGACGAUGUUCCGCCCCGACCGUUGCAAAGGAGCAAACCAUGCGAGAAUCCUCCUUUCUCAUUCGGUGAGCCAUCUGGUAUCCAAACCGGAUAUCGCCCUCUGAGUGAAAUCGUGCCCAACCGCGAUGUGGGCGACAACGGUGCCCCACCGAAGAGUGGAGGCAAAGAAGGGAAGGGAGCUCUACACAAGAAGACUAAGAGCGCCGUCUCUUUGAAGUCACUUCGAAGUUAUAUGGAGCGGAAGGACGGCAAAUCGGAGGAUGCACCGGCCGAGGAAGGUGACGAGCUGUCACCCAAGAAGGCCAAAUCAUCCAACAGCCUUUCGGCUAUCCUCAAAAGAUCGCAGCGAGGCCGUAAAGAUGGCUCAAACUCCAAACAAAGCCGGGAUAAAGAGAACCGCAGCCCGACCGACCUCAUCGAUAACAUGCCGUCGCCUGCCUGCUCGCAGGACUCCGCCUCUUUUCACAGAGAGCCCAUCGGCCGAUCAAGGCCAAGCUCCACCGCCGAACCACGACGAAAUGUAGAGGAUGAAGUUUCCCUCUAUACACCCAAAGGGUAUGGACCAAGCCAGCAGCGCAAUUUCUAUGACUUCCACCAGCCAUCUCUUGCGAAACCCAGCGACGCCAAGCCUCGCCCGAAGUCAGACAUUCUAACCGGAAAUCGCAAGGUGAAAGACUUGUUUGGAAUACAGCGAGCAACCUCGGGCGACAACGAUUUCUCGAAGCGAUCCGACAAUGUUUCGACUAAGGGUCGAGGGCCUCCCAGCCCACAGAAAACGGCUCCCACAAUGGCAAAAGACGAGCCCCCCAAGCGAAUGUCUCGUGUACAGGCUGCGAUCUCGGUGUUCAACGCCAAGGAAAAGGACUCUGAAGUGCACCAGCAUUUGAACUCUAAGGAUCUUGAAAGCGAGUUCGAGAAGUUGCUGGAUGCGAGAAACAUUCCACACAAUAUGAGAGACAAGAUGCGCUCUCUUGACACCAACAUCAAGGCUGAUUUCAUCCAGAAAGACCGUACUGAGAACAUGACCCCUCUGAGUUCAGGAACUGGCGACAGCCGCAGAGGACGUGGCAAAGAAUCCAAGGAGGAUGCUGAACCUCAGGACCGUAAAGGGUCUCGGUCACGCUCUCGCACCCGUGGAUUUAAUCUUGCCAAGGGACCCUCGUCUCCUGGCAAAAAAUUGCGACGGGACAGUGAAGCGUCGAAUCGCCGCCCGCGAUCUGUCGACCUCUCUCAGCCUGUCGGUGUCUACACCACUCUUUCCGCCAAUGCCUCCACGGGCUCCCUCGCCGAAGCAGCUGCCGUUGACACCGCCGCGGAUCCAUCUGACUUUGUGCAUUAUCUGAGAGAAAUCCAGAAGCCAGAGAUGGUUGAAGUGGGGAAGAUGCACAAGCUCCGUCUUCUUCUACGCAACGAAACAGUUCAAUGGGUCAACGAUUUCAUCACCGAGGGGGGGAUGGAUGAAAUCGUCCAGCUUCUCUACCGUAUCAUGAAGAUGAUCUGGCGGGAGGACCACGAAGAUACUCUGUUACACGAGGUAUUGCUCUGCCUCAAGGCUCUUUGCACCACAUCCGUGGCCUUGGCCCAUCUCUCUGCCAUUGAGGGCGAACUUUUCCCUGCACUGCUGAAAAUGGUGUUCGACGAGGAGAAGAAGGGCCCCAGCGAGUUUACUACUCGCGGGAUCAUCGCGAACUUGCUUUUCACGCAACUUUCCAAUGCCCCGGCUGGCGAGCAAGCCACCAAGCGUGCCAAGCAGAUUCUCUCCUACCUGAAAGAUCCUGCGCCGCCGGCGGAUAAUCAGCCCUUGUCCUUCAUUGCCAACAUCUAUCAGUCCCGACCCUAUCGGGUUUGGUGCAAAGAGGUCACCAACGUGACCAAAGAAGUAUUCUGGAUCUUCCUCCACCAUCUCAAUGUCAUCCCGCUUCCCAAGACAGAAGAUGUCUCUGAUGAGAACACCCCUGUGGACACUCGCUCGUACAGCGAGCGCCACUUCCCUCCUCCUCGUCCUCCCGUUCCUGCUGCUCCAUAUGUUGGUGGCGUCGAAUGGGAUGCGACCAACUAUCUUGCUGCGCACCUUGAUCUUAUGAACGCCCUUAUUGCUAUGCUGCCCACUCCGGAUGAGCGCAACCAACUACGUGAUGAGCUCCGAGCCUCUGGGUUUGAGAAGGUCAUGGGAGGUAGCCUGCGUACUUGCAAGGAGAAGUUCUAUGCCUCUGUGCAUGAUUGUUUGCGAACCUGGGUCGCCGCCGCUGCCGCGGACGGUUGGCCAUACACCUUUGUCCGCGAAGGACCACCCCGAGUCGGCGAGGCUGGCUCACCCACUAAAUCCCUUAAGAAGUCCACCCCAGGCAGCCCCAAGAAGGGUCUGAUCGACGAGCGACCUCCCAAGCUUGAAUUGGCUCUGGACUUCGAAACCCGCCCAGCUCCCGGUCCAACGACCCCGUCCAACGACCUACGUAGCUGGCUUUGA